UCCGGGCGGCCGAUGCCCGAAGCUGGCGAACGGGUAGCUGGCAGAGCCCUGUGCACUCGGCCCGCAGCCUGCACGCGCCGUGGUGCGAGCUGCACCCUCGGGUCCCCGCGGCUCUAGGGCCGAACUCGCGUCCCUGCAUCUCAACAGGUCAAGGAAGGUGACGAGGACGCCCCAGCCGGGACUGGAGGACCAAAGGAGCUAGAAGAUGAGCACCUUCCACUAACUGACAAUGAUGGCGUUCAAGGACAGCAGCAGCAGCAGCAGCAGCAGCAGCUUGUACAAUGAAGAUAGAAACCUGCUUCGGAUUCGAGAGAAGGAGAGACGCAAUCAAGAAGUUCACCAAGAGAAAGGGGUGUUUGCUGAGAAGACGCCGCUGUUUGGAGAGCCCUACAAGACGGCUAAAGGCGAUGAGCUGUCGAGUCGCAUACAGAACAUGCUAGGCGACUACGAAGAGAUGAAGGAGUUUCUAAGCACCAAGUCUUGCCCUCAGCGGCUGGAGGGCGCGGAAGACAGGCCGGGGAAGCCGAGAUACCCUUUGCUUCAUGACAGGGGGAACAGCCUUGCCUCCCACUCCUUCCGCACACAUGUCUACCACCAGCCUAUUCCUACUUCUGCCCCUGGAUCACUUUCUGUCGGUAACAUUAGCCACAGUCCAAAGAUGGCGCCGCCAAGGAUGGAGCCAGUGCCAAGUCUCCACACCAAAAGCUAUGGCCCGCCCGACAGCCAACGUCUGACUCAGGAUCGCCUCAGUCAGGAAGGGCACUGUUCCAGCCACAGAAAGUAUGACCGCAGAGCUGAUGGUGACUCAGCUCUGGAGAUGAAGCUCUCACCCUUAAUUUCCUCUUUGCCAUCCCCUGUGCCCCCUUUGUCACCUGUACAUUCCAGACUGCAAGGACCCAGCAAGGUCCCCAGCAGCAGUGGCACUAGCAAUAAAAACUACUGUACAGCCGUGUCUUCCAAGGACCUGGUGGCGAAGGGUCAGGAUAACGAGACUCCUCUUGACAGUUUGGUGGCAGUUACCAGCCUCGGGGUAGCCCCUUCUCAGAUGUUUCCACCUCCUCCCCUCCCCUCCAAAAGUGUUGCGAUGCAGCAGAAGCCCACGGCAUAUGUCCGGCCCAUGGAUGGUCAGGAUCAGGCUCCUAGUGAGUCCCCGGAGCUGAAGCCACCUCUGGAAGACUAUGGACAGCAGAGCUUUGAAAAGCCAGAUGCAAAGGUGCCUGCCAAGGCCAAGCUCACCAGACUGAGGAUGCCUUCGCAGUCGAUGGAGCAGACGUUCUCCAAUGAAGCUCACUGUGUUGAAGAGAUUCUGAAGGAAAUGACCCAUUCGUGGCCGCCUCCUCUGACAGCCAUACACACACCCAGUACCGCCGAGCCACCCAGAUUUCCUUUCCCUACAAAGGAUCCUCUGCACAUCAGUUCUGCAGCCCAAAGCCAAAAACAAUAUGACUCGCCUUGCAAAACCCAUCCCAGUUCCCAGCAAGGAACAUCCAUGCUUGAGGAUGACCUGCAGCUCAGCGACAGUGAGGACAGCGACACGGAACAAGCUGCAGAGAAACCUCCGUCCCCAUCUGCACCUCCAAGCUCCCCACAGCCGCUUCCAGAGCCAGUGGUGUCAGCACAUUCCAGUAGUGCCGAAUCAGAGAGCAGCACGUCCGACAGCUCCUCAGACUCCGAGACCGAGAGCAGCUCCAGCGACACUGAGGAGAACGAGCCCCUUGAAACCCCGGCUCCCGAGCCCGAGCCUCCAACAACAAACAAGUGGCAGCUGGACAACUGGUUGACCAAGGUCAGCCAGCCCCCAGUGCCCCUCGAGAGUCGCGCGAGCACCGAGUCCCCACGCUGGCGCCAGGAGAGUAAGGAUGGGGACCGCAGCACUGACCAGCCGCACCCUGAGUCCAAAGACCCCCCACCUAAGAGUUCCAGCAAGACCCUCCGAGGUCCCACUGAGGGGCCCCAGCCUGGGAAGAGAAGCUGCCAGAAAUCCCCUGCCCAGCAGGAGCCGCCACCUCGGCAAAUUAUCGGAACCAAACAACCUAGAAAACCUGCCAAGGGUUCUGGCCAGACAGAGCCCCAGGGCAGCAGGCCUGCCGAAAGUGAACCAGGGCCCCUUCCCUGUGGCUCAAAAGAACAGACUUCCAAAGACAAACCUAAGGUGAAGACGAAAGGCAGGCCACGUGCUGUGGGCAGCAGGGAGCCUAAGCCUGAAGUGCCCGUGCCUAAGCCACAGGCAACUGUGCCCAAGCCACAGGCAGCUGUGCCCACCCCUAAUGAGAGGAGGAAGCACAAGGGUUCCCCGACCCCCUCCAAGGCCCCCUCAGGCCCUCAGCCUCCAAAGGACAAUGCUGGACACAGGAACCCCGAGCACUUUGCUCUUGUCUCGACUGAGAGCCAGGGUCCACCUUGCAGUGGCAGGGGCAGCGGUGGUGUUAGCGGCAUCAGGACUAGUGGCUGCCGACAGGCGGUGAUUGUCCAGGAGGACGGCCAAAAAGACAGACUCCUGGUACCCUUGAGAGACACCAAAUUGCUCUCACCGCUCAGGGACACUCAACCACCAACGAGCUUGGUGGUGAAGAUAACCCUAGACCUUCUCACUCGGAUUCCCCAGCCCCUGGGGAAGAGCGGUCACCCCAGGAAAGCGGAAGACAAGCAGCUGCCUGCAGCAAAGAAGCAGGACUCUGAGAAGAGAAGCGGCGAAGGCUCCAGCAGAGGAACCAAGAAGAGAAAGGGCGACCCAGAAAAAGACCGUGACAGCAAGAAAAUCAGAUUGCAGAAGGAUGUCCCGUCACAUUGUGCUUCGUCUUUGUCUUCCCACACCGAGUCUUCCAAGACGAAGACUCCCAGGCCCUCGUCGGAGUCCUCAAGAAAGGAAAUGCUUCCUCCUCCACCUGUGUCAUCCUCUUCCUCCUCCUCCUCCUCCUCGUCGUCGUCUUCCUCCUCCCAGAAGUCAGCCAAAACUGCACACAAGAGGUCAAAGCCCGACGCAGAAGCUUGUGGUCAGGACGCUCCCAGAAGCACCAGCAGUGCCAAGGGCAACAAGGACUCCUCUGUUCCCAAGCACAGAAAAGUGCAGGCCAGGGGCUCAGAGCACAAAGGGUCUUCUGGAGAACCCACAAACCCAUUCCCAGUGCCUUCUUUGCCAAAUGGUAACUGUAAACCAGGGAAGCCACAAGCAAAGCCUGACAGACAGCAAGCUGAUUUUCAUAUGAAAGAGGCUAAAAAAUUGAAGUCCAAAGCAGAGGCAAUGGCAGACAAGACUGGAAAGGCCUUCAAGUAUUUGGAAGCCGUCCUGUCUUUUAUUGAGUGUGGGAUGGCUACGGAGUCAGAAAGCUCAGCAAAGGCGGCGUACGCUGUCUACUCAGAAACCAUAGACCUCAUUAGGUUUACAAUGUCACUAAAACCCUUCUCAGAUACCACGACGCCAGCACAAGAAAAGAUAUUUGCCGUUUUAUGUUUGCGUUGCCAGUCCCUGGUCAACAUGGCUAUGUUUCGCUGUAAAAAGGACACAGUAACGAAGUAUUCUCGCAUGCUUAGUGACCACUUCAAGAGUUCUUCCAAAGUGGCCCAGGCACCUUCUCCAUGCACGGCAAGGAGCACAGGCGUUCCGUCCCCCCUCUCCCCAAUGCCUUCUCCUGCCAGCUCUGUAGGGUCCCAGUCAAGUGUUGGCAGCAUGGGGAGCAGUGGGGUGACGGCCACCAUCAGUACCCCAGUCACCAUCCAGAACAUGACCUCCGCUUAUGUCAACUUCACAUCCCACGUCCUUAAGGCCUUUGAUCUGUGGGACCAGGCAGAGGCCCUUACAAAGAAGAACAGAGACUUCUUUGCUCAGCUCAGCACAAAGGUGCGUGUCUUGGCCCUCAACAGCAGCCUGGUGGACCUGGUGCACUACACAAGGCAAGGUCUGCAGCGGCUGAGACAAGCUCCCCAAACUCCCUAAUACAGGCUGGGGUUACUCGAGGCCUUGGAAUGUCUUUGCACAAUUGGAAGCCUUGAUCAGUGUAGACGUCCGAUCGGGAUGGCACACUCAAGAAGUGAAACACCAUGAGAUGGCUAGAAUGCUUGCCCACUCAAACUCACAAGAGCUGUGUGGCCAUCAGCUGGACACUGCUUAGCAGAGCGGACAGUGGGAAAUGAUCUGCCUUUCCUAACGGAAGGGACAGAAGUGCAAUGGAGCCUAGCUGGCACAUGGACGGUCUAGCGACAUUUCUGUUGUUUGUUUGUUUGUUUGUUUCUGUUUGUUUGAACAAUAGGAUACAAUUUGCAGAGGAAAGGACGAGAAGCAGUUUCUGGUCCACGGCAGAUUCCUGUCAUCUCAGUGGCCGCACGAGUUCACUUCCAGAAGGAUUUUUUUUUUUCAAAUAAUAAUUUUUGGUGAAGGGUUUUAUGGAUAUAUAUUUUUUCUUUUCAAGUUUUAAAGAAAAUAUUGUUUAAUAAAUUCUGAUGGCCACCUACCUGUAAAGCAGAAGUCGUGAAGCUCCACUGUGCUACUUCCUGCAGUGAACAGUGGCUCUGAUGAGAGAGUAUCAUCAUUUAGAGGAUUGAAGGGGCCGCCCUUCCCCGCCCCUGCCCCCAGUGCCUAGAGUCCUGCACUGUCUAGCUCUGGCUUCCUCAGGUCCGUCCUAGAGGAGUGGCAGCGUCUAGAUCCAGGACCCAUCUUAUGGUCUUCCCUGCAUCCCUCCCCACCACACUCCUGGAAAGCGACUGGCUAAGCAGCACCCCUGAUUGAUUUUUACAUUUCCCAUGGUGCAUGUGGGCAAAGGGAGCCGGUGUUGUUUGCCUUGGGCGGUAGGUGGACGGACUUCCUCAUCUUUCUGCCAGAGUCCCAGGUGCCGACAGUGCCGUGGCACCUCGUCUCCUCGGUCAACGAAAGUGAGGUCUUCCUACAGAAGCUGUGUUUUUCUGCUACAAAUUAUUUUAUAUUUAUAGCAAAACUAACCUUCCAAAGCCCUUUGAUUAUCCAGGGGAUACUGCCUCCCCAAGAGGAUAUGGAGAUUUGGGGGGUAGGAAUCCACUACCACACACCCUCAGUCCGGACCGACUUCUCAGGUACGGUGAUUGGAUGAUACUGAAGACCUGUGACCUUCCCCAGCUAUACCCCGCCCCAUUAAACCAAGUCCACUUUGACAGAGUGAGAGCACAUACGGAAUUCACCUGCCCAUAAGCUCAGGCCUUUCGCUGAAAGUCAAGUGAUUACUGGAAUGCUCUUGAGCAGUGUUUUAAAAGCCAAUUCUCUACCCCUGUAGAAAGUACAAUUUGCACAUUACGGCUGUUCUCUCCCCCCCUCCCCCCCGCCCAUCUCCACUUGCUACCAGCCAUGCUGUGUGUUUGUAUCUAGAUAUUAGUGGAGAUGGAAGCCCCAUCUUAUUGAGGGUGCCUGAGGUCCCUGGGGUGGGGGACGACUUUCUUGGUACCUUGGUAAAUCCACACCCUGCUUUGGAUGGAGCCUGUGCAUCUCUGAGCACAGGUUGAGGCCGACAGAGCAGUUCUUUUUAUUAAUGCUUCCUAUUAAGUACUUGUUCACUGAGCAUGUGGUCAGUCAUCCCCUGCACGGUGUCACCUCUCGAGCAGAGUCUGGCUUGUGUAAUCUCAUACGUCUCUUUUCCCUUCUCCAUGGCUGUCUGUAUCCCUUGCUGUACCGUGGAAACGAGCUGCCCGUGGGUUGUGACUGGUUCUGGUCUAGACACAUUUUGCCAAAGCAUGUGCGUCCUGCCAGUGGACCACUGUGCCCCUUGAAAGAACGGGCCACCUCGUCCUUUGUACUGGAUGUGUGUUCUCAACUCUCUAUACUCCAGUUUCACUUGUACCUUGGAAACUAAUGAAUUUGGACAGACCUGUUUGUACCAGUUUGGUUCAUAGAUGUGAAGAGAGAACACAGUGGCCGGUGAGCGCUGUUGCUGCUCACUGUGGAAACCUGAAGAUCAUGUAAACAAUUUGCACUUUUCACUGUAUGCUUACAAUUCCCAAGGGCAGCACUUUCCCAAGGCGAUUCAUCCGGAAGGACUAUAAAAUUAACCCCUUGAAUGUGUGAUGUUAUAACCAUAGAAGAGUAUAUACUUCCCAGUUGGAGAGUCUUGCCUUUGCCUUAUAAAGGGUGCCUGUCUGUCUGCAAUAGAAAGCAGAGGGACAGACACUCUUUUUUCCCAAGUGUUGAAUAUUUUUGGGGGGAAAUAAUUAAAACUUGAUACAUGUAAAAGUCCUUCUAGAUCAUAAAAGAUCCUGUCGCUCUCCUUCAUGGUGCCAGGAGGGCAGGCCCCGUGGGAGCAGGGAGGGGCAGGAGAGCCCGGCACGUGCUUGUCAGUGGUCCUCCUUGCAUGGGAAGUGUAUCCUCUGGACAGAAAGCCCUCCCUCCCCCAGUGCGCUCUAAUUCUAGGCCUUAGGCCGUUUAGAGUGGGCUCUUCCCCGUCUUAAUUGAAAAUGUGCCUUAACUGACACCUUUAUGUAUUCAUGUUAGGGACAUGACCUCAGUCUUAGGGUUCCUGCUUAUAAAGCACUGUGUGCUGCACAGCUACGGUCCCCGAUGCAGAGGGUGAGAUUCGUCUAGACGUAUUUGUGCCUUUGUUGAUCCAACAGCUUCUGAAGUGAUGCUCUUUGGUUUGCCACGGCUUCAAGGGCUGAUGUUUACUUUCCUGCUUUGUCAAGUCUGAGGUCUAUCUGUGUAUCUUAAGGUAAAUGAGUUGGGCUUUACAAAAAUAUCUAAACUCUUUCCGUGCCCCCUCAAAUCCCUCCUCUUGGUGAUCUACCUUUCCCAACACUACAAAUCCACCACUUCGUUGUUCAUUCUUUACCACUGCUUAGAGGUAUUUAAAUCUCCCGAGAAUAUUCCGAGCUCCUCUUAGAGACACAGAAGUGUAGGUUUCUCUCACUGAGAAUGAGCCAACUGCUCCGCAGCUGCGGAGAGAGGGGGUAGGUUCAGUUUGGAUGCCUCCUUCUGUUGGUUUUGGUCCAUUUGGAAAUAAAGGGUGUGAGGACUUUUCCUGUGCCUUAAGGGAUGUUAAAGGGCAGAAGGGCACGAUGUUGGGGUUUUCCUUCUAAAUCUGUAAGUGGUUUCUGCCAGGUGGUCCUCCAUUGUGCUGUCCAGUCAUGAGAACAGUCACCUGUGGCCAUGCUCGUUCUGAUGAUUGACAAGCACAUUUCUUCGGGCGGCUGUGAGUUUCCUAGGGGUGAAUUACACACUAUAUUCUGUUCCACUGUGCGUCAGACAUUGCAGUCACUGUGAUGACCAAAGUGCCUCUUGCCCUACCUAAGAGGGAGCCAGAGGAUGGAAAGGAAGUCUAGAGCUCCCUGCGAGCCUGCAUAUUGCUACAUCUGUCCAUAGGACGGACACUGGAAUAAGGCCACUGACACGCAGGCCACGCUGCAUUGCUGGGCCGCACCGUGAUUGACCUGAGGAAGAUGAACUCGCUUUGCUUGGUGUUUUAGCAAUACUCAAUACAGGCAGUAUUAAGUUUGCCUUUUGUUCAGGCCACGACGCGUAUUGCUAAUACUGCACACCCGCACCAUCUCAUGCUGGGGUAUGUGCGUGUCUGUCCCGAAUCUUGUUUUAAUUUUUUCUGAAUGUGAUCAUGUUUUGGAUGAUACCUGAGCAGGGUUGCCUUUUUUUAUUUAUUACCAUUAUAUAUUAUAUUAUAUAUUAUAUAUUUUCUUUCUUAUAAUGUUAGAGGAAAGUCAAAUCUUGGUAUUAUUAAAAUUGCUUUAAAAAGGAAUAGGUUGCCCAGGUGAUACUGAAAAUCACUGGUUUGUUUUUCUUUGAUUACCAUGGAAUAAUGUGCCAGCUGUCACCGACACGAGGGUGGUGCAGGCUGGGGAGCAUCGCUGCUCCGGUGAAGAUGGAGAGCAACAAUGGGGAACACCACAUUUUCAUCAGCUUCAGCAAUGAGACUGCAAACUUGGGGCUUUUGUGAAUAAAAUUUAGCUGCCUUGUAGAAUCCUUUGAAAGAGGCAGACAUGAUCUGUGAGAGAAUUUUUUUUUAAAGAAAAUCUGCAAAAGAUCUUUCCAAAGAUAAUGUGCCACAGGUCCUUUGUUCUUCUCUGUAAUGAGGAUUAAAUGCUGUUUUAAAUGUAAUUGACUUGUUCAUCUUCACAGUCUUUCCACGAGAUCAAACUGUAGAAAAAAUAUUUAAUAAAAAUUUAGAGAAAUCA